AUGACAACUGGAAAUAUGGUACAUUGUCAGUUGUGGAUGGGAGGACUGGAACCAUACAUGACUGAGUCCUUUAUAUUGGCCUCCUUUCAGAGAAUGGGGGAAAAACCUCUAAAUGUUAAAGUAAUGAGAAAUAAGUUUACUGGUGAACCCGCAGGUUAUUGUUUUGUUCAUUUUGAAAAUGAUGAUGAAGCUAUUGAUGCUAUGCACAAACUUAAUGGAAAAGCGAUACCAAAUACUACACCUCCAGUUAGGUUCCGACUGAAUACGGCGACAAACCAAGGAAAAAUCAUGAUGAAUGAGAGGGAAUUCUCAUUGUGGGUCGGAGAUCUAACACCCGAAGUUGAUGAUUACACAUUGUAUAAAACAUUUGCAGGAAGGUAUCAGUCCAUCAAAGCAGCCAAAGUUAUUCUGGAUGCUAGCGGUUUCAGUAAAGGUUUUGGCUUUCUGAGGUUUGGAUCCGAAGAUGAACAAAAACACUGCCUUCAGCAUAUGAAUGGAUACAAAGGUCUCGGAAGUAAACCAUUGAAAAUAUCUAAUGCGAUACCGAAAGCUCAGCGAACUCAAACAAAUGGGCAAAAUAACACACAAGUGGUGGGCCCUCAGGGAAGUACUACCUACAACAGCACGGAUUACUCCCAUUAUUACGAUCCCUCGUCGUACUGGAGCAACUAUCCAGGCUGGGGUUACGGCUAUGAUUACAACAGCUACAUGGGUGCCGAUGGCUACCAGAACUACUACCAGCAGCAGGCCGCCGUCAACUUCCAGCAGCCUGCGACCACCGCUCCUGCCCAGCCUGCCGCGGUAACGGCGGCCGUCCCUGCUCAGGACCCAGGCCAGGAUAUUAUAGAUCAUUCUCCUUUCAUAGAUGUUGAAAAGGAAAACGAUGAAUAUGCUAGACAAUUCUUUGCAUUUUGGGAUGAUGUCUCUGCAAGUGGCUGGAUAGACCCUGAAUAUUUUGAAAUGGAAAUGAACAAACUGAAGCCAACGAUAAUAGACUGA